GUAAAGUCACGUAGGUAAAAAUAAAUAAUAAAAAUAAUUGAAAUAAAUAGACUUUAUAUUUCACAAUUUUGCUUUAACGGAAAUGCAACGGCAUUAGAAUUGCUACCACUGACAGGCGCGGCGUUGCGCGCACCUUGCUACAUUUUCUACUACGGAUAGUAACGUUCGAGAAAACAGGAGUAGCAGUUUGUUGUUAACAACGAUUGCCAAGUUGUAUCGUUAACCGCCCGUGUUAGUUGCCCGAGCUGCGAGCGGCCAUGAGCGUCGCCUUGGAGCCGGAGCGCCUCGAAUUCUCACAGGAGCGGCAAGAAGUCAAGGCCGAGAUAAUGAACACCACGGAGAGGCUGGCCUCCGUGAGACAGGAGGUCCAGGUCGUCCAGCAGGAGCUGCUCGAGAAGAACCAGCAACUUGAGGAGGAAGACCUGGAAAGAGAGUUCAUUCGAGUGCGAGAGGAGGUGUUGGCUGCAUUUGAGCAAGACCUCCUGACAGAGAUCAAAACCCUCAACCAGCUGACGGCCGAGCAUAAGCAGAGGGCGAGCGAGGAGAACAAGCGAUUCUUGGCGGAGCUGAGCGCCUUCACGACGCACCACUGCAUGUGGGGCCGUGAGGGGCGACGCUGCAUUGAGAGGGAGCGUCUUGCUGUGGUGGAGGAGAGCAUCUCUCAGCUGACUGGGGAGCUGGAGAAUAUCGAGGCUGAGCUUGUGAAGAUGGUCCCACUGCAGCAGCAGAUUCAGACGCUGACGGAGGAGAUCGCUUCCCAACGCGCGCACCUAAGUAAGCUGGAGGCGGAGCGGCGCGAGGCUUGUGAGGCGACGGAGAGCCUGCACAGGAAGAAGGAGAAGCUCGGAGAGAAACUCAGGACCGACCCCGAGUUUGUGCGGCUACAGCAGCAGCUGCAGGCCUACAAGGAUGAAUCUGCACGGGUCUUGUAAUUCCAUCGCCUGCCUCCUCGGGCUGCUCAAGUUUUUCUGCCGCGCUGCUGACGAUGCAGCUGCAUUUAUUUGUGUUCACUUAAUCCAUGCUUGCAAUAAUUAAUAUAAUGACAAUUCCCAUUAUUUACCCUGGAAAACCUUGCCAGGUCUCAAGACUCAUUUUCAGUCGAGUCCUGCUGCAUUAGGAGGAAGCUGGGGUACCCGGAAUAAAGUUCUAUACAUAGGUCCACCACACAGACCACAUAAGCAGUCUUUAUGUAGACUGAGGCCAUUGCUGUACUACUACAUCCUGGCUGCCUCUUAACCCCAUACCUAUAACACCUGGUAUACAUUGGCGGUCACCCAAGUACUAUCCAGGCUCAAUCCUUCAUAUAUAUAGUUCUAUAAAUGCUGAUGAAUAGCUGCAAAUUGUCAUCUCGUGCCUGAAUGCGACCAUUAACUCGAGAUGCGCAAUAACAGCAGGCUUAUAUAUUUCAGACAGGCAGUCGGUCAUAGGCAGAGGGGAAACGGAAGGAAGGUCUUGAGCCUGGACGUGAACAGGGGCAGGCAGUUACUAGCACGGGCGGCAAGGGCAAAGGGAAUUCCAGACUGGGGGGGCAGCAGAGGAGAAGGAGCGACUCCAUUCAAGUGUGCAGUGCGAGGUGUCUAACCCUCAUUCGCCAGCACAGCACCGUUUCAUGAUUUAUGUUGGUUUACUAAAAUGUUAACUCAUUGUUAAGUUGCAGCACUAUUGAACUGUCAACGUUUGUGUGUGUUAAAUGAUAUUGGUCGCGAAAUCCUACACGUUAAACUAAAUGAGCGUGUUACACAAGCAGUGACGUUCACGCGUGUGGGUCUCCAUUAAAUGUUUGAUUAUAU